AUGAGGUUGUUCAGCCCUGCCCAAGUCCUACCCGCGCUCUCUCUGCUGUCUUCCCAUGUCGUGCCACAGGUCCAAGCUCUGGUCCUGGAUCCUACUUCGCCUGGUAAAAUCCUCACUGCUACCCUGGAAUCCAUCAAGGACGUCUCUUCCAAGGUUGCCAAACAACUCGUCGCCCAGUAUGCAAAGAUAGACGACAAGGGCGUACAUGUCCUGGGAGGCUAUCCCGGUAUCCUCUACCCUCCUUACUACUGGUGGCAGGCCGGCGCCAUGUUUGGCACCCUCCUUGACUACUGGCAUUAUACCGGUGACGAUCAGUACAACGACAUGAUUCGCGAGGGUCUGAUUCACCAGUUUGGAGAGCAUCUGGACCUGAUGCCCUCGAACCAGUCCAAGAAUGAAGGAAACGACGAUCAAGUCUUCUGGGCCUUCUCCAUGAUCGCUGCCGCCGAGUACAAGCUCCCAGAUCCGCCCGCUGACCAGCCUGGCUGGCUCGCCAUGACGCAGUCCGUCUUCAACCAGUUUGUCACCCGCUACAGCAAGGAAGUCGACGAGGGAACGUGUGGUGGUGGUAUGCGCUGGCAAAUCUUCCCAUGGCUCAACGGCUGGAACUACAAGAACACGGCUUCCAACGGUGGGCUGUUCCAUCUGGGUGCCCGGCUGGCCAUGUACACCAAAAACGACACGUAUGCACAGUGGGCAGAAAAGGCGUUUGAUUGGCUGUCACAGAGUCCCAUCUUGCCAGGAGAUGGCCAGGUCUUUGACGGGACCAGUAUCACGACAAAUCCUCCCUGCAAGGACGCGGACAUGACGCCUUGGACGUACAACUACGGCAUCAUGAUUGCGGGAGCAGCCUAUAUGUACAACUACACCAACGGGGCCGAAAAGUGGAAAAAGGCCCUGACCCAGUUCAUCGCCAAGACGGAAAUGUUUUACCCCCCGGACAAAGGCGGCGUCAUGGUCGAAGUCUGCGAAGCAAAGACGCUCUGCAACGCCGACCAAGAGUCCUUCAAGGCCUACCUCGCCCGCUGGCUCGGUAAUGCCAUCCAAAUGGCGCCCUUUACCCACGACCUCAUCAUGCCCAAGCUACAAGUCUCGGCCAAGGCCGCCGCGCAAACCUGUGAAGGCCCCUCGCAGCACAAUGGCGGUGACCACCAAUGCGGCAUGAAGUGGUGGUCCCCAGGCUUCGACGGCAUCGGCGGCGUCGGCCCGCAAAUGACGGCCCUCAACGUCAUCAGCGUGCUCAAUGUCGAUCGCGUGCCCCCGCCCUAUUCCAGCGUCACGGGCGGUUCCAGCCAGGGCAAUCCGAAUCUGGGUACGGAGAAUGACGACGAUCGGUCGCCGCUGCGGCAGUCGGAGAUUACGACGGCGGAUAAGGCGGGCGCGGCGAUUAUGACGAUUUUGUUGGCGGUUGCUACGGCUGGUGGGGCGUAUUGGAUUCUUGCCUAG